AGAGAGUGCAGGGAAGUAAAGGGAGUGUUGUUCCUGCAAAAUAGGAAACAAGCCCAAAAUAAAUAUAAAGUGCAGAUUAAAAGGAGAACAGUAGGGACAGAGGAAAAGUGGACUCAGUAGAUAUCCCCCUUGAAGCUGGUGAAACGUCUUGUUGGUUGUCAUCAUUGUAGUUCUGCUGCAGGAAACCAACCCUACCUCUUUACACUGACCUCAGCAGCCCAUGACAUAAGCCCACCGGACCUUUGGUCCAGAGAGAGGGACCAUGGCCUUCCUGCUGAUUUUUAUCACCCUGCUACAUCUCUUCACACUGGCAAUUCUGUUCAUUGCCACCAUGGACAAGUCCUGGUGGGUGUGGAACAGCACUGAGAGGUCAGACCUAUGGUACAACUGCAGAUUUGACAAUGAAACCGAGAUGUGGCUUUGUGAGUCAUCAAAAGAGACAGAGUGGCUUCAAGCUGUCCAAGUCCUGAUGAUCAUAUCUGCUGUCUUUUGCUCCAUCUCAUUUCUCGUUUUCCUUGGUCAGCUCUUUAUUAUGUCUAAAGGAGGCCUCUUCUACCUUACAGGAGUCUGCCAAGCAUUCGCAGGUCUCACAACCUUCACUGCAGUACUCAUCUACACCUUACACAACAAAGAAAUCCUUCAGGACUCUAGAAAGUUGAGCUUGGGACACUUUGGUUACUGUUUUAUUUUGGCAUGGGUGUGUGUGCCUUUGCUAAUGUGGAGUGGACUCAUGUACAUUUAUUUGCGCAAAAGGAAGUAAUGGCAUGGUUUGCUUCUGAUCAACUUAAAUAUAAAACAGGCACAGUAAUAUGUAUAUAUACACACAUUGCAUCACUUUUAUAUGGUCAUUUUUUUCCUUAUUUUAUAGGAUAAUGUAUUGUAACACAUAUUUUAGACUAUAUAAUCAUGCCAUGUAAUUUUUCAUGAAUAAAACUUAAUUGAAACAA